AUGUCUCCUCUAUUCCCCCUCUCUCCAUCCUCCCCUCUCUCUCCUCUUUCUGGAUGUCUCUAUUUCCCCUCUCUCCUUCCUCUCCUCUCUCCUUCCUCUCCUCUCUCCUUCCUCUCCUUUCUCCUUCCUCUCCUCUCUCCUUCCUCUCCUCUCUCCUUCAUCCCCUCUCUCCUUCCUCUCCUCUCUCCUUCCUCCCCUCUCUCCUUCCUCUCCUCUCUCCUUCAUCCCCUCUCUCCUUCCUCCCCUCUCUCCUUCCUCUCCUCUCUCCUUCCUUCCUCUCCUCUCCUUCCUCCCCUCUCUCCUUCCUCUCCUCUCUCCUUCCUCUCCUCUCUCCUUCCUCUCCUCUCUCCUUCCUCUCCUCUCUCCUUCCUUCCCUCUCCUUCCUCCCCUCUCUCCUUCCUCUCCUGUCUCCUUCCUCCCCUCUCUCCUUCCUCUCCUUCCUCCCCUCUCUCCUUCCUCUCCUCUCUCCCCUCUCCUUCCUCCCCUCUCUCCUUCCUCUCCUCUCUCCUUCCUCUCCUCCCCUCUCUCCUUCCUCCCCUCUCUCCUUCCUCUUCUCUCUCCUUGCUCUUCUCUCUCCUUCCUCUCCUCUCCUCUCUCCCCUCUCUCCUUCCUCCCCUCUCUCCUUCCUCUCCUCUCUCCUUCCUCUCCUCUCUCCUUCCUCUCCUCUCUCCUUCCUCUCCUCUCUCCCCUCUCCUUCCUCCCCUCUCUCCUUCCUCUCCUCUCUCCUUCCUCUCCUCUCCUCUCUCCUUGCUCUUCUCUCUCCUUCCUCUCCUCUCUCCUUCCUCUCCUCUCCUCUCUCCUUGCUCUUCUCUCUCCUUCCUCUCCUCUCCUCCCUCCUUCUUCUCCUCUGUCCUUCCUCCCCUCUCUCCUUCCUCUCCUCUCCUCCUUCCUCCUUCCUCUCCUCUCCUCUCUCCUUCCUCCCCUCUCUCCUUCCUCUCCUCUCCUUGCUCUUCUCUCUCCUUCCUCUCCUCUCUCCUUCCUCCCCUCUCUCCUUCCUCCCGUCUCUCCUUCCUCUCCUUCCUCUCCUCUGUCCUUCCUCCCCUGCUCCUUCCUCUCCUCUCCUCUCUCCUUCCUCCCCUCUCCUUCCUCUCCUCUCUCCUUCCUCUCCUCUGUCCUUCCUCCCCUGCUCCUUCCUCUCCUCUCUCCUUCCUCCCCUCUCUCCUUCCUCUCCUCUGUCCUUCCUCCCCUGCUCCUUCCUCCCCUGCUCCUUCCUCUCCUCUCUCCUUCCUCCCCUCUCUCCUUCCUCCCCUUCCUCUCCUCUCUCCUUCCUCCCCUCUCUCCUUCCUCUCCUCUCUCCUUCCUCCCCUCUCUCCUUCCUCUCCUCUCUCCUUCCUCUCCUUCCUCCCCUCUCUCCUUCCUCCCCUCUCUCUCCUCUCUGGAUGA